GGUCAAAGGUAGCUCUGAUCAGCUGGUGCCUGCGGAGUUCGUCUUGUGUGAACAAUGUAGCGAAGUGCGGAGUGUCAGCGGCGCCUUGCAGAGAACAUCACUCUGGGAGCCGAUGUGCACCGCACCAGAAUAGCCAGACGAGUACCGGGGAGAGCAGGGCACCGCUUUAGCCGCCUGCGUGUCACUGAUUCGUUUUCAUUGUUUUGCCGCAACGUCUUUUCUGUGUUGAUCUCGAUUUCAGUUAUGCGAAAGCGAAGAAAUUCUCUGAACUCGGACCAGGAGAACUACGGCGGCAGCGAGUCCAACUCUCAUCUGAAACAAGCCGCCAAAGAAUCGCCAGGCAGCCGAAGAAGAGGAGAAGUUCAGUGCCAGUCCGGCAGCUCUGAUGCGGAAAAAAUGGGCACGAGAAGAUCAGGAAGGUAUGUGGCUUUGAAGAAGGUUGCUCUUUGGCUCCUUGGGCUCUAUGUUGCCAUUCCAUUCAUCAUCAAACUCUGUCCUUCCAUUCAGGCCAAGCUGGUGUUCCUGAAUUUCGUGCGGAUGCCCUACUUCAUUGACUUGAGAAGGCCUCAGGACCAGGGGCUCAAUCACACGCUCAACUUCUACCUGCAGCCUGAGGACGGCGUCAACAUUGGCGUCUGGCACACAGUCCCAGAGGCCUUUUGGAGGGAGGCUCAGGGAAAAGACCAGCAAUGGUUUGAAGAUGCCCUGGCUUCCACCCACCCUGUCAUCCUAUAUUUGCAUGGCAAUGCUGGCACCAGAGGUGGAGACCACAGAGUGCAGCUCUACAAGGUCUUGAGUUCACUGGGUUACCAUGUUGUGACCUUUGACUACAGAGGGUGGGGUGAUUCCGACGGUGAGCCCUCCGAGAGGGGCAUGACGGCCGACGCCAUCUUCAUGUAUGAAUGGGUGAAGAGGAGGAGCGGCAACAAUCAGCUUUACGUUUGGGGCCAUUCGCUAGGAACUGGUGUUGCCACAAACCUUGUCCGAGAUCUCUCUGAACGAGGGAGCCCUCCUGAUUCCUUAAUCCUGGAGUCGCCGUUCACCAACAUCCGGGAGGAAGCCAGAAGCCAUCCUUUCGCAAUGAUUUACAGGAAUCUUCCGGGCUUUGACUGGUUCUUUCUGGAUGCCAUCACGGCCAACGACAUCCGAUUUGCCAGCGAUGAGAACGUGAACCACAUCUCAUGUCCGGUGCUGAUUCUCCAUGCAGAAGACGACACUGUGGUCCCGUUUCAUCUGGGGAAGAAGCUGUAUGAAAUCGCUGCCAGCUCCAAGAGCCUCCGUGGACACAAAGUUCAUUUUAUUCCGUUUCCCAUGACCCUCGGCUACAGACACAAGUACAUCUACCGGAGCCCGGAGCUGCCGCACAUACUCAGGGACUUCCUGAGCGCAGCCGGCUCACACGCAUAACGUCUGACUGUCCUUGGGUUGUUGAAAUUCCUGUCACCUGAGCCCGGGUGAGAAGACCUUUGAAUCAUUCCUUUCAAACUGAGAGCAGAGACAGAGACUGGUGAUUGCCUUGGCAUGACGGGACAGGAAUUUGUGCUUACGACGCCCGAGAGGCUGGGUAUCCAAACCCGAAGAAAAGACAACGUGCGCCGAGGAGGAGGGGAGAACAGUGGACUGAAAAUGGCUUGCUGACGUACUUGAGGUCUCCUGCUAGGUGGCGCUGUCUGAGGAGGCCUGCUGGUUUCAUUUCUCGCCGGUCAUCAGGUUUUCACAGGAGCGACUCGUGGACACGUGCCGUCGGACCCCCACUGCGCUCUGUCUCUCUCUCUCUCUGGUGAACGUUUUGUACCCUGAAGACACAAUUUUAAACGAGCGGCUGGUCACCGCAAACUGAGCUCCAGCCUGGUAAGAUAAAGAAUAGCAUCCUGUAGACAGUGGGAAGGGUAAAGUGAGCUAAAGGUCCUAAGGAUAAAGCUGUCUUUGCUUUUUUUGUUUUCCUUUUUCAAAUUUAUGAAAACUGAAAUUGCUUCAUAAGCCUGGACUUCCCAUACCCGUUGCUCUACCACGGUUGUAAAUUUUGACGCAACGGGUGAUCCUGAAAUGGGAAUUUGUCCUGGUGGGUGCCCGACGGGUUUUCUUUAAAUGGUGGCAGGAUAGCCGAGUGCUCUGCAUAGCUGACUGCAGCUGUGUUUGAGGAAGAGGAGGAGGAUGUGGUAAUUGUAGUGACAUCCUUGCCAUUGUCCACUUCCAAAUGUUUUAAAAUGACGGACUGAAACUGAGCCAAUGGCCGUUACCCACUAUAGAGCGCCACUCCCUGGCAUGGAGUCGCACUUCAGUUUGUUUAGAUUAAAGCGACUUUACCAACGUUGUUUUUUUUUAAAUUCACUCUAUUUUUUUUAAUUUAGUUGUGUGUGACUGUUCUCACAUCAUGUGGUUCACGUUUCCUACGCCACUCUGGAUGGAGCGGCUUGUUUCUAAUCAAACUUAUUAGCAUAAUCACCGAAGCCACGCCCACCAGUCUCCUUGCAAACACAAUUCUCUUGACGUUUGUGUGUGUCCAGAAGUUCAUCGAUAGCCGAGUCUCGACCCCUAUGACAGGAAUCGUCUCAGUCGCCAGUAAGUCACUGGUUUGCUCUGCACUGCACUCUCCUCCUCGACUUACGAGCCAACAUUUCGACACUCGUAGAUAACGAUGGGUCCUGAAAUUCAAUUAUUGAUGAGCGUCAACCCCUUUGAUCUAACUCUCCAUGAUCGACUAAAUAGUCUGACCCAUCGUUUUAGGGCCCGAGGAUCAAAAUGAGUCCUGAAAUUCAUCAGUUGUAGAGUUGUGAGCUGUUUGACCAGCCACUCAGAAGUAGUCGACUCCGCAGUCAGCCCAACUGUAGCCCCUCGUAGUGGCACCACUCUGAUUAUUUACCGCCGUUUGCUCUGCACUGCACUCUCCUCCGUGAUGACGUCGUUUGUGGGGCUUGGUGAUAGAAAUGAAACUUGAAGUUUAUCACUUGACGAGUCUCGACCUGUUUGGGCGGCCACUCAGAAGUCAUUGUCUGAGUACUCAGUCCCAUUGUAGCUCCCCCUAGUGGCCUCAUUCUGAUUAUUAUCAUUGUUCGCGCUACACUGCACUCCUCCUCCCUGGUGACUCGAGACUCAUCAUGUUGACAGUUAUGGGUACAACGAGUCCUGAAAUUCAUCUAAUGACCGGUGUCGACCCAUUCGCUCGUUUAAUUUACCACUUGAUCAUCCAUUCCAAGUCAUCGGCUCAACUGUCAGUCCACUUGUUGUGACCCCCACUUUAAUUACGUAUCAUUGUAUGUUCUGCAUUGUGCUCUCCUCCUCGUUUGUAGGACUCAAGGAUAGAAGCGAGUCCCGAAAUUCAUCGAUUUGACGAGCGUCGACCCAUCUGAUCCUUCCAUUUAACGCUUGACCAUUCGCUCAGAAAUAACCGACUCCAAGUCAGGGCCAUUGUAGCGCCGCCUAAUGACACCAAUCUAGUAAUUUAGCGUUGUUGGCACUGCACUCUCCUCAUUGUUUUCAAGACUCGAGAACGGAAAUGAGUCCUGACAGUCAUCGAUUGACGAGUCUCAACGUGUUUGACUGGCUGUCGUCGUCAGUAAUUAGUUACCUUUGUUUGCUCUGCACGUCUAUUUGGCCCUCGUAGGUAAAAAUGAGUCUGGAUAUUCAUCAGUUGAUGAGUCUCGAGCCGUUUGACUCACCACUCCAAAGUGUCCAUCCAUCCAAAGUCAUCGACUCAAUAGUCAAGUGGUAUCAUUCAAAUUAUUUAUCGUUGUUUGAGCUAGAGUGAACUGUCCUCACCAGUGUCAUCGUUUUAGGACCCGUUAAUAUAAUUGAGCCUGGAAGCUCAUCGACUGACGAGUCUCAACCCAUUUGACUGGCCGCUCCAAAUAAUCGUCUCAAUGGCUGCUCAUUAAUUAGUUUGGUCUGCACUGCACUGCACUCCUCAACCUCGAGUCGUCGUUUUGGCCCUCGUACAUAACAAUGAGUCCGGAAAUUCAUCAGUUGAUGAGUGUCGACCCAUUUGAUCCUUUUGUUUAACUUGUGACCAUCCAUCUAAAGUAAUCGAUUCAAUAGUCAGCCUCAUCAUAGCUCCCCCUGGUGGUAUCACUUUAAUUUACCGUCGUUUGAGCUGGAGUGCACUCUCCUCACCAGUGACUUGAAAGUCAUCAUUUUUAGGACUUGUAAUAGAAAUGAGUCCUGAAAUUCAACGACUGUUGAGUCUCGAUUCAUUUGAUUGGCCACUCCAAAGUAGUCGUGUCGAUCAUCAGUAAUUAGAUGCCAUUGUUUGCUCUGCACUGCAUUCUCCUCCACGACCUAAGUGUCAUCAUUUUGGCACUCGUAGGUAAAAAUGAGUCUGGAAAUUCAUCAACUGGUGACUCUUGAGCCAUUUGACUCGCCACUCCAAAGUGUUCAUCCAUCUAAAGUAAUUGAUUCAGUAGUCACUCCUAGUGUAGCUCCCCCUAGUGGUAUCGUUCUAAUUAUUUACCGUUGUUUGCACUGCAGUGCCGCCCUCUCACCAUUGAGUUCAAUGUCAUCGUUUUGGGACUUGUUAAUAAAAACGAGUCCUGAAAUUCGACUGGCAAGUCUCGACCUGUUUGAUUGGCCGCUCAGAGGUAAUGUCUCAAUCGUCACGCCCCCUAGUGACACUGUUGUUGUUUUCUCUUCUCUUCUCUUCUCCCUGAUGAAUUGAGAGCCAUCGUUUUGUCAUUUAUUCAUAAGAACGAGUCCUGAAAUUCGAUUGGCGAGUGUUGACCCAUGUGAUGCUUUAAUUUAACGCCAGACCGUUCACUCGAGGUAAUCGACUCUGUCAUCAGUCCCAAUGUAGCGCCACCUAGUGGCACGAUUCUAAUUAUUUCCCAUUAUUUGCUCUCUGAUGACUUGAGGUUUUCACACACCUGGAGAUCGGGCAGCACUUGUCACCGGUGGCACUUCACUCCUCGCUGUUAGACCGGUGAGGUCUUGAAUUUCCAUUUUUGGCAGCUGCUCGCUUUUCGGUUUGUGUCGCCGACUUCCCAUCAGAUGUACUCGCUCGUUGGCGUCCCGAGAGGCAUGAGGUCAUGUGACUGAUCCCCUGUGAGCCCCGAAUUCACGCAGACCGCCAUAAAUUUGAACAAUUCCGGAAUGGCCUCCAAGCACAUCCCUGAUUUCUGUUGUCAUUUUAACAGAAUGGGAUUUUUUUUCCUCCUUCUUUUCUCAAUUGUGUUACUUUAAUUUUUUUCUUCUUUGGGAAACACUUGAAAUGGCAAACUGAACACAAUUUUAUGUAUUGUUCUUUUUUGUAAUAAAAAGUAAGGAUGCCUGAUUUG